AUGAGUGACGAAGAUUACGAUUUCGAAAAGGAGUUCCAGGCCGUCUUCAUUCCGAAGCAGAAACCCCCACCUGAACCAAACACCGUCACCGACGAUAUGGGCGCCACCGUUUCGAGCUAUCCACCACUGGGACAAGUGACGCAGCUCAGAAAGGGAAACGUCAAGUUCGUUGUUGUCAUAGACGUGGACGAAGCCGAUGUCAAUGAACCCUGGGAAGCUGCUGUCUGGCACAAUGCGGGAACUGGCGAAUGGACCGAGACCGCCCUCUCUCGUGUCAAUGAUGGACCAACCCCAACCUCAUUGCAAAGUGAACAGUCCAAGAAAACUCGACUGUACUUUGACUCGAACCUAUCUGUAUCGACAUCACUGGCAUUUACCAUCAAAUUUCGCAACACUGCAGAUAAGCCUUGGCGGUGGGUCAAGGACGAGCAGAGCAUCGGUGAUGGUACCAUAGUCAUCAACCCGGAGGCUUCAUCUGCUCAAGGUCCCGCCGACUUUUCUGCCGUCAUCAAGGAUCUCAACCCAGAUCUAAAGGUCUCGAGCCUCGUAAGCCAGUGUCCAGGUACUGAGCUUUGGUCCAUCAAGGCGCCCAUCGCCGCCGCAGAUGGGGACGCCUCGGCCUAUACCGACUUUAGAAUAGGUGUACCAUGGGGAGGAUACCUUGGAUGGUUUGCACUCGUCCGUAUUUGGACUCCCUGGCUCGCCCCUCGACAUGGCAAGGCAGACUUUAGUCUUGACCAGGACGCUAUUAUGGUUGCCUUUCUCAGUCCUACUGGUCGUCAUUUGGUGCUUCUGGCUGUGAGCGGGAUUGAUUGUGUCAAUGCUGUAUUUCAGCAUACAGAAUCCGGACAGCCCCAGCUACAUCUUCGCAAUGAUGGCGAAGCCGCAACCUCGGGCUUGGUACUUGCGGCUACUGGCAACAAUUUCGAAAGUGCUCUUGCUGCUGUCAUGUACCAAUCGAGGAGUGUGGUUCAAGCAGCCAAGACAGCUAGUCACGAGAUGGAGACUGAGCUCCAGGCCCUUCGAGACGGCGUCAAACCUGAAUGGAUGGAGAACUGGUAUGAUGGGUUGGGCUACUGCACAUGGAACGCUCUCGGCCAGGACUUGACAGACGAGAAGGUGUUCAAUGCUGUUGAUAAACUAGCAGAAAACAACAUCAAUGUUACGAGCCUCAUCAUUGAUGAUAAUUGGCAAGACAUUGAUUACACCCAUGAGAGUCAGUUUCAGCGUGGAUGGAAGAGUUUUGAAGCGGAUCCCAAGACGUUCCCGAAAGGUCUCAAGGAGACAGUCACGCAGAUCCGGUCAAAGCAUCCCAACAUUCAACACAUUGCCGUGUGGCACGCACUGCUUGGUUAUUGGGGCGGUAUCCACCCUGGAAGCAAACUGGACCAGACUUACAAGACUGUACUGGUCGACAGACAAGACGCAAAGAGGCGCAACUUGCCGUUGGGAGGCCCCAUGACUGUGGUCACUCAAGAGGAUGUCGGCAAGUUUUACGAUGACUUUUAUCGUUUUCUCGCCGAUUGUGGCAUCGACGGCGUCAAAACCGAUGCUCAGUUCAUGAUUGAUACAAUAGAAUCGGCAAAGUAUCGCCGCGAGUUGACGAAUCCAUACCUGGAUGCUUGGAUGAUCUCGUCUCUCCGUUACUUUAGUAUCAAGGCAAUCUCCUGCAUGUCUCAAACACCACACAUCCUCUUCUAUUCGCAGCUACCACGAAACAGACCUGCCGUGCUGGUACGAAACUCGGACGAUUUCUUUCCAGCAAUCCCCAAAUCGCACCCGUGGCAUAUCUGGACCAAUGCCCACAAUAGCUUGCUCACUCAGCAUCUCAACAUACUUCCUGACUGGGAUAUGUUCCAAACAAUCCAUGACUACUCGGGAUUCCAUGCUGCCGCUCGUUGCGUCAGUGGUGGACCCAUAUACAUCACCGACACACCGGGAGAACACAAUUUGGAUCUCAUCAACCAGAUGACUGGACCUACACCUCGUGGGAAGACUGUCAUUUUCCGUCCAAGUGUUCUUGGUCGUGCCCUUGAUCAAUACGUUGGUUAUGACGAUGACGCGAUUCUCAAAGUUGGUUGCUACCAUGGCCGAGCUGUGACUGGUACACCUAUGCUGGGUGUGUUCAAUAUCUCGGCGCGACCCCUGACGGAACUCAUCCCGCUAUCGCGCUUCUUUGGAGUGAUUCCUUCCAUGAAUUACAUUGUGCGGGCCCACAGCAGUGGUAUUGUCUCACCUGUCAUGAAGCCAGAUUCAGUUCGCGCACUCCUGCCCGUCUCACUUGAGGUCAGAGGCUACGAUAUUUUCACUGCAUUUCCCCUCACGCAGUUCGAUAGCGAUAGCCUCGGUAGUGUAUAUACAGCGAAUCUCGGACUUGUGGGUAAAAUGACUGGCGCUGCUGCCAUAACCACCAGUGAGUAUGAGUGGCUGCACGAUGGCCGUGUGUUCCUCGACACGAGAGUCAAGGCGCUUGGUGUACUAGGGGUCUACAUAUCAGUACUUCCCAAAUUGACCAUUGAAGGAGACUUUAUGGUAACCAUACAAGGUCAAGCUGUCCCACCUCAUACGGUUUCGGUGGACAAGGUAGAUCAGCAUGUCGUUCGCAUCGAUAUAGAGACAGCAUGGAAAGAGAUGGAUCUCAAGGCAGGGUGGAGCAAUGAGGUGGAAGUCAAGGUCUACUUUGCCAUUGAUCACUGA